AUGGCGAGCACUAUCCUCCCCCUCGAACUGGUCGACCGGUGUAUCGGAUCAAGUAUCUGGGUGUUGAUGAAGAACGAGCGGGAGUUUGUCGGAACCUUGAUGGGGUUUGAUGACUACGUCAAUAUGGUGCUCAAAGAUGUGAAGGAAUACGAGGUCACAGCAGAAGGCAUCACCGAGACGCCAUUAGGUCAAACACUGCUCAAUGGGAACAACAUCGCUAUGGUGAGGCAUACCUCCGCACCGUCACCUUACAGGUCCACCGGAAUCUGA